ACUUCCAUCAUGUCCACCCACCCACCCGCAAUCCCAGAAACAACUUAUACCCCAUUCUACUGCGAAGAGAAUGUUUGGCGCUUGUGCGAUGCCUUGUCGCGCCAAUCAAGUCCCCUAGACGCGUCAGCGGUCUUCAUUUCCAAUGAAUACAAGACGGUUGCGCUGUUCGAACAGAAGCAAAGACUACCCGUGGUAGUUUGGGAUUACCAUGUUGUGCUAUUGCUCCGAGACCAGGACAAAAGGGAAUGGAUCUACGAUUUCGACACAUGCAUACCGUGCCCGUGUCCUCUUAAGGAAUAUUUGCGACGCACCUUCAGUCCCAACAUACCACCUGAUUACAAGAGGGAAGUCAUUCCAUUCCAUUCAACGCAGUCAGCCCCGCUUAACUUUCGCAGUCUUCUUCGCUUGGUCCCCGCAAAGGUUUUCCUCGAUUAUUUUGCGUCGGAUAGGUCGCAUAUGCUAGACGAGAGCGGGAGUUACCAGGCACCUCCUCCCAAGGAGGAGCCAAUACGGGGCAGAAUGGCAGUUGGAAAUAACCUCAUGGAGUUUGUGAAUAUGGAUGAGGGUUCAGGCCAUGGGAUAGUCGUUGAGGUUGAGGAACUCCAACGUCACGCAGAGUCACUCACCGAAUCUCUCUUCUCUUGA